AUGCCGUCGUCGCAGAAAAAUGCCACUGUUGAAAAGAAAGCAACUGGUCCAAGCGUACCACAGAACCCUAAGGAACAUGGAAGUAAAGAAAAAGAAUGGCUGCGCCAGAGUGGCGAAGAUGAACCGUGGAGGGGUUUCACGGUCGUGGCCACAGAUAGAAAGAACUGGCAGAGUCAUGUUUACCCGGCUCAGAAUAGUUCUGAGACCUGGAGUACACAAGCAGAGGUUGGAUCCCAAGAAGAGUCGUCUACAGGAUAA